GCCUUAACGCUCCAAGCCCAGCCUUUUUUCGCCAUGGGGCAGCUUUUUGCCAAGAAGCACAAGGCGGAGCCACCUCCAAAUGUCGAUCAGGAUGAUAUGGCCCUGUUGGACCUGAAGACCCACCGCGACAAGUUGCAGCAGUCCUCGAGGAAGUUGGAGCAGCGAGCUUCGAAGUCCCACGAGGUCGCCCGGACGCUGGUGGCAGAGGGGAAAAAGACGCAGGCGAUGCUGGCACUGCGGCGAUGGGAACAGCAGAAACGCCUUGGGGAGGAUUGUCAGAACCACAUUGCGCGUUUGCAGGAGCUGAUCGCCAGCAUCGAAAUGGCCCAACUGACCAAGGGCACCGUGGAUGCCCUGAAAACGGGUGUGGCCAUGAUGAAGCGGAUCCAGCAAGAUAUCGGAGGAGUGGAUCAAGUCCAACGAUUGCUGGGUGAACAGGAGGAGGUGCAAGAAGCGCAGCAGGAGAUUGCUGCGAUGCUGGCAGGGGAAGGUGGAGUCGAAGAUGCUGAGAUGUUAUCGGAGUUCAGUCGACUGCAGGAGGAGGCUGCAUUGAGCACCUUGACCAAGGCAGAUGCUGAGGCUCCGGCAACCACCGAGACCCUGGCUCCAGACACAGUCCCAGUGGAGGAGACACCACAGCCAGUCUCUGAGGACAAGGUUGAGCUGGUGGAGAAAGCAACAGUUUCUGGGACUCGGGCGGCAACGCCAGCCCUGGUGCCUGCUUGAGGCAUCUUGAGGCAUUUCAGGUCCUCCAUCGACUGCAGACUGCCAAGCAGAUGCAAAAGCUGUGGUCAGGGACCAGGGACGGUAAUCUCCGGAUAUGUUCAACAUGGUGUGGAGAUGGGUCAGCAUGGGACAGCACCUACAGGGGAGCAUUUUUG